ACUUUUUUUCAAUACAAUUUUCAUAAUCAUGACGUGAAACUAAGUUCGCUAACGGAGUCAUGCAGGCGAUCAUCCCCGGGAAAAGCGUAAAGCUGUUCUCAAGGAUAAUACGGUGCUUAGCGAAAGUUGGUGAAGAACUGUUUUUGGAAGCUUACGAAGACAAACUAUUGCUGAAGACACUGAAUGCGGCCUGCUCUGCUUUUUGCUCUUUCCAUAUUGUGCCGGCGUUCUUCGAAUCUUACCGCCUGGAAGGUCGGUCCUGCCGCGUAAAAUGUUUGUUGAAACUAUGCACGAGCGCUUUUAAGAAUAUGCAGAAUUUAGAAAAGUGUACAGUUUUGAUAUGCGAGAGUGAUCCGUGUAUUAUUUUCGAAAUGCAUUGUAAAUUGCAGAUUAAAAAAACGUUCAAAUUUAAUCUCGAAGAGGGCAAUCCAGUCAGUGCGUCGUACAACAAAGAAGCCUGUACAUCUCGUCUGAUUGCUCAUCCAAAGCUAUUCGAAGAAUGUGUCGCGAACUUUGCCAGCAAUAUCGAAGAACUUUCUCUCACACUCUGCCGCGAGACGGUGAGGCUGAAAAGCGUUGUACCUGAAAAGGUGGACUCGGCCAAUGAUCCGAUCAAGAAGCAUUUAGUAACAGAAUUAACUCUCAGCACCAACGACUUUGAGAGAUAUAGACUGUCUGCUAACGUCGAUACGCUCGAACUGAUCUUGGGACUGCGAGAGCUCAAAGCGAUUUUGUCAUUCUGCGAAGUCAUGAUGCAGCCCAUACAAAUGUACAUGGCGGCACCUGGCGAUCCGCUCAUCAUCAGCACAAAGGCCUAUAGCCUAUUCGAGGCAGACUUUAUCAUCGCCACUCUUCAAGGAUCAUCGACGUCUCAAACGCCUCACACGCAGCAAGAUCCGUCCGUUUCAAGUAAACUUGAGCCGGAACACAAAAGCCGGACCUUUCGCGACCACUUCGACGACAGUCGUUCGAUUUCACAGAAUUGUGAGAGCACAGAUAAUCCCUACACAGCCUACCAUUCAGGUGUUUCAGCGAAUUCAGGUUUGCAUUCUCCGCACGGUCUUUCAUCUCCGGACCUCGACGAAGACUUGGUUUGGACAUCUGAUCUGAAUCGCACGAUGAACAGCGACGAAGCACACGAUUCCGACGAAGUUAAUUCAGACUCUGACUCGUCCAAAUGAAAAAAGUUUUUUUGCCCUU